AUGAGUUCGAAAGCUGCCGCGGCCCUGGCAGCUGUACAGCUGGGAGACGCUUCGAACAGACGUAGGCGCCGAGUCUCAGACAUUACUCAGAUCCGCCUGGAUGCGAUUCUGUCCAAGACAAAGGAUUUCGUAGAGGACCUCUGCUCGCUGGUCGAGCCCGGGGAUGUGUGGAGGGCUCGGUUCUUCGGAGUCCAGAAGAAGAAGCGGGAAAAGCAGGACAAGAAUCAGCCGGCAGAUGCUACAGACAAAAAGAAGAAGCAGAAGAAGCAGAAGAAGGAGAAGAAAGAUGAGUACAUACUGAACCCAAAGAACACCUCUUGCCCCAGGGUCCUGAGGGGACUCUGCCAUAUUCUUCGUAGCGAGACAAAGGAUGCCGUCGCUUUCAACCGGGUGAAGAUUAUCUACGACCCUAAGGGAGGAGCAUCAGGCAUGACUGCUGCCGGCGCCGGCCGUCUCCGUCCGACCUUGGUCAUGUCCGCGUGGAAGGGCGACGGUGCUGGCAUGAUCUGGUCCUACAUCAACGGGGUGGAUGCUGAGGCGGACAAUCACAUGCCGUGGCGCGACGGCCGAUUCCCGUGGGCAUUCGUGCAAGCGCCAUCCUUCUGCGUGGUGGGCGAAUGGGUCGGUGGGAAAAAGAUGAGCCCUGCUAUGUCGGACGCCCUGCAGCAGUCCGGCUUUCUUGUCGCCUCCGACCGCAGCUCCCUGGCAGAGCUUCCCGAAGCGAUGGCUACAGGAUCCCUUCUCUCGAAACUGGCAGCGAAAAGAUUCCGAGUUGAGCAUCCAGGGGCCAAGAAGGCCCGGCACAUUCCGGCAUGUAUUCAAGGCCCUUCUCCUGGCAUCUAUCUUCUUGCGUCUGCCGCCUUGAGGUGCGGAAACCAACUUUCUGCGAGACGUGCAUGUGUGACAGCUGCCGGACAGCACGUGCAGAUGCGGCCAAGUGAGCUGCGAACACAGCUGCAGUUUUGA